UUUAUAUUGCAUUUACUUAUUCAUACCUCUUAUUUUAAAUACUCGAAAAGUGUUUUAUGAUAUUGCAAAAUGUCUGGGCAGUAUCCUAGUGGUUAUAAUAGCCCACUUGGUGGUCAUCGUGGUCAAUUCAAUCCACAACAACAACAACAACAGCAGUCUCCUCAAAUGAUAAAUACCAUGAAUCAAAUGGGUGCCGGGAACAUGGGACAGAAUGGAAUGGUCGGCGGAGGAACUGGUGGACAAAUAGGUGUAGGUAGUGGCGGUAUUAUGCCGAUGGGGGGAUAUCACCCUCAACAGCAACAGUUAUCAAGUGGCAUGGCCAUGAGCGGAAAUUUAAUGAACACGCCAAUGAACAUGCAACAGCAACAGCAACAGCAGAUGCAACAACAUGUGCAAAUGGUGCAGGGUGGUGGGCCAGUAGGUUCCGGCAUGAUAGGUGUGGGUGGGGCAGGGCCGGGUGUUGGUACUGUCCCUACGGGUAAUAUAAUGCAGCACUCUCAGCAACAGCAGCAAAUGGCGAUGUCAGUGCAACAACAGCAGACACAGAUUCCACAGGCUAACCUUGCGGGAAUAAUGCAUUCACAACACUCUACGCCACAUACCACAACGACGACUAGCAACAACAUGCUAGCCAUUUCACAGCCAAAUCCGCAUAAAGAAAUAAAUAUUGUGGCUUUGUCGCGUUUAGGACAAGAAACUGUCCAAGACAUAACAUCACGUUUUCAGGAAAUAUUUACAGCACUAAAAAUUAUACAGCCUACGGCAAAUCGAGACAACAAUACUGAAAAAAAGGUACAAGAAUACUUUCGCACUAUACGAUUAUUAUUUAAACGUGUACGAAUCAUUUACGAAAAAUGUAAUGAUGGUUAUCCACACGGCAUGGACUACACCAACGUUGAGAGUUUAAUAACAUACAAGGAGGAACAUCCCGAUCACCGAAAUGAACCGACGCAAUGUGAUGAAUAUAGGAAGGCGUUACAAGAAAACCAGGAACUUAUUGAGACAGUCAGAUUAAAAAAUCGCCAAUUACGAGAAAUAAUUGAUCGCACACGUAUAAUUAUCUGGGAAAUAAAUACCAUGUUGGCAAUGCGACGAUCAUAGUAUAUUAGUCCUUUUGCUGUUCUUUAAGUCAAUACUUGUUUUUACUAUAGUAGAAUAAAAACAAAAAGGUUUAACAUCAAUAAACACA